AUGAUAAGAAACACACUAACCAAGAACGUAUCCACGGCAACCCGUCGUCAAUUCCACAGGCAAUCCCACCCUUACGACCAAACAAUUAAAAACUUACUCUUACCCAAAGAAACAAAAGUUAUCUUCCAAGGUUUCACAGGUAAACAAGGUUCAUUCCAUGCCAAAAUAUCCCAAGAAUACGGAACAAACGUCGUAGGAGGAACCAACCCAAAGAAAGCAGGUCAAUUACAUCAGGGCAAACCAGUCUUCUCCACAGUAUCUGAAGCCAUCAAAGAAACAGGCGCCACAGCAAGUGCCAUCUUCAUCCCACCACCAUUCGCUGCAGCUGCCAUUAAAGAAGCCAUCGAAGCAGAAUUACCCCUAGCUGUAUGUAUCACGGAGGGUAUCCCACAAAGAGAUAUGCUUUACAUUAACGAAAUGUUGCAAAAUCAAAACAAGACAAGACUUGUAGGUCCAAAUUGUCCCGGUAUCAUUAACCCAUCUACACGUGUAAGAAUCGGUAUUCAACCUCCUAAGAUUUUCAAAAGUGGGAAAAUUGGUAUCAUUUCUAGAUCAGGAACUUUGACGUACGAAGCUGUACAACAAACUACUAAUACUGGAUUGGGUCAAUCCUUGGUCAUUGGUAUGGGUGGAGAUGCAUUCCCUGGGACUGAUUUUAUCGAUGCGUUACAAUUGUUUUUGAAUGAUGGUGUCACGGAGGGAAUCAUCUUAUUGGGGGAAAUUGGGGGGAAAGCUGAAAUUGAAGCAGCUCAAUAUUUGAAAGAAUUUAAUAAUUCCAAAAGUAAUCCAUUACCUGUGGCAUCGUUCAUCGCAGGGACUGUUGCUGGUCAAAUGAAAGGUGUGAGAAUGGGUCAUUCAGGUGCCAUUGUAGAAGGUUCAGGAACUGACGCGGAAUCGAAAAAGAAAGCAUUAAGAGAGGUGGGUAUUGAAGUCGUUGAAUCUCCAGGGUUCCUUGGUGAAGCUCUUUUGAAACAAUUCGAAAGAUUAUAG